UCUGACGUAGCGCCGCAAUGUAUUCUGGGAGGUCAGCCAUAACUGUUGGCGGUUAUUUAUUAUCGUGCUCUUAACUUACUGUUAGUUUUCUGGCUAACUUUAACUUUACCUCUCAGGUAUUGAUGGGGGGCAGAAACUGCUGCGUGGUGAGCUGCCGCCGCAAGUCUCACGACCACCAUGGAAGGAAGAUCCCAAACGGACUAACUUUCCACUGUUUCCCCGCCUGGAGGACCAGUGAAGGGGAGCAGAUCUCCCGGCUCACAGAGACCAGGAGGGCGGCCUGGGUGGCUGCUGUCGGCCGGAGUGACAUCACUUUCGACCACAUCCCAUCCUCAAUGAGGAUAUGCUCCAGGCACUUUCACUCAGGUAAACCAGCGUAUGAAAUGCUGCAGUCAGAUCCAGACUGGGUCCCAUCACUGAACCUGAUUCCCAGUACAGGAAUCACCCGUCGCACUGAGCGCCUCCUCCCACCUGUGCAGGUGAGCAGAGACAAGACGCAAAAAAGCAAAGCAAAGACGAGACCUUCCCUUGAGACAGAACCAGCACCUGCAGCAGCAACAACAACAACAACAACUCCAGCAGAAGGAGAAGAAGGAGUUUCACAGAGGCCAGCAUCCCGUCCCUGGAGAGAAGUUAAAUCUCUGCUGCAGUCAGCUCUGCAGCGCAAAACCACCUUCAACAAGCAGCCUGCGAAGAAUACUGGCCUCGCCUUCAGAGACUUAUUUAAAGGUGCUUUGGAAGCUUCUCUGGAGGCCCACAGCCGGUCCAGGGCUCUUUCAGCCCAACAGCGUUCCGACUCCGGGGAGUACAGCAUGGAGCUGAGCUUUAAACUUCCAGCUUUGGAGGAGGAGAGCCAAGCCUGUGAGACUUGCUGCUCCUCCUGCUGUCUGAACUAUGCCAAGCUGCAGAAGAGGGUCACAGUGCUGGAGGAGAAGGUGACACGUCUCACAGAACUGCGGGAGGCCAUGGACGCCUCACCUUUCUUCAACAAGGCUCCCUGCCAACCAGAGCAGGAGCUACAAAGGCUCGAGACCUCCUGCACAGAGGAAGAUGACCCUGCAUGGAUGGAGCCUCUCUCACCGUCUCAGAUGGCCGAGAACGACCCGAACACCGAGUGGAUUCAGGAAAACAACUCGUCCAAGGGCAAACCUCGCCGUGCUCGCUUCAACCAAGCCUGGUUAAAAAUGUUCUGGUUUCUUCGCUACUCGCCAUCUCAGGAUAUGAUGUGGUGCCACGUCUGCCGCCUCCACUCGGAGAAGACCCACCAAUACAACAGUUUAAUUUCAGGUUCCAGGGUCUUCAAGUUCCAUAACAUUAAGAAACAUAGUUCCAGCAAGUUACAUGAAGAAAAUGUGUCCCGCUACAAGCUGCAGGUUUGUGACCUGCAGCUGUGAGACUUUACGUUUACAUUUCACUGCUCUCAAAGAUGGUGUCUGAUAUGAUUUCUCCACAAAAAAGUCCAAUAAGCUAUUCACACAUUCCUAAACUUUCAUCUUGUCGUUUAUGUUUAAAUCCAUAAAUGGUAAAUAUCGUUUACUUCCAAAAUAUAAGUUCUGGACUUAAGAUGUCUCUCAUUUGUAUAAAGACUGUUAAAGUAAAUACCUUUUGUUUUCUGCUGCCUCACAAAUCACUUCCU